AUGCACACACCCAAGCAGAGGAGGGCAUCUGGGAAUUAUGUUGAGCACCUUUACAUUAAGUCUGAGGUUCCAGUGGGAAAGUCUGAAGUUGGCAGUGGGAGGAAUGUGAUGGGUCAAGACAGAAUGAAUGCAAUUCCAAGUCCUCGGGGCCCUGUGUGCACCACUCACAGACACCCACAGGCCUGGGGCUCUCGCCUUGCCUCCCCUCUGCUGUCUCUGAAGCUGGUGCAAGAGCUUCUGGCUGAGUGGGCUGUGGAGGACUGCAGCUUGGGGGACACCCAGCACGGAGAGAAGCUGAGGCGGAACUGCACUAUCUACCGGCCCUGGUUCUCCCCCUACAGCUACUUUGUGUGUGCAGACAAAGAGAGCCACCUGGAAGCUUACGACUUCCCAGAGGUGCAACAGGAUGAGGGCAAGUGGGACAACUGCCUUUCUGAGGACAUGGCUGGGAGCAUCUGUUCGUCCUCUUCCUCUGCAGAGAACACUUGCCCUCGAGAAGCCACCAAGAAAUCCAGGCAUGGCCUGGACUCCAUCACAUCUCAGGACAUCCUAACGGCUUCCAGGUGGCACCCAGCACAGCAGAAUGGCUACAAGUGUGCGGCCUGCUGCCGCAUGUACCCCACCCUGGACUUCCUUAAGAGCCACAUCAAGAGAGGCUUCAGGGAGGGCUUCAGCUGCAAGGUAUACUACCGGAAGCUCAAAGCCCUCUGGAGUAAGGAGCAGAAGGCCUGGCUCGGAGACAGGCUCUCCUCGGGCAGCUGCCAGGCCUUCAAUAGUUCUGCUGAACACCUUAGGUAAAUUGGCGGUAAAGCCUACUUAUGUCUCUAGAGAGAUGCCAAUAAAGUUAGUCACAGCCUUCUGUCCAGUCUGAGGUCACCCCGUAUAGCCUGCUGUCCUUCCCAGAACCCGGCUCCCAUCCCCUUUGGCUAAUGGUUGCCUAGCAACACCAGGCACACACCCUCCCCUUUCUCUCUUUUAAAAAUAAAGACAAUACCUGAAGUUUGGGAA